UGAGCUGACUCAUAGAUCCUCUUUUGUCCACAGGCAGUUGUCUUAGAAGAGAGGAAAGAGCUCUCGAAUACUCUGCCAGUUGAGAGAUUCAAUAGAACAGUAGAAUAGAACCAUGGAAAAUUUGGAUGAAGAUGGAUAUACUCAGUUGGAGUUCAGCUCUCGAGGUUUUGCCAGAAGACCUGUGUCCCCAAAGAAAGGAUCUUGGGCUGCAUCUCCUCCUUGGCGUUUCAUUGCUGUGACUCUGGGAAUCCUGUGCUUGGUAAUAUUGGUGCUAGCUGUGGUCCUGGGUACAAUGGGUAUUUGGAGAUCCAAUUCAGGAAGCAAUCCACUGAAGAAUAACAAUUUUCCAUCAAGAAAUAAAGAGAACCACAGUCAACCCACACAAUCAUCUUUAGAAGAGAGUGUGGCUUCUACCAAGGCUCUCACAACCACAGGAGGUGUUUCCAGCCCUUGUCCUGCUACAUGGGUUGCGCAUGAGAACAGUUGUUAUCUGUUUAGCACAACACUGUAUUCCUGGAAUGGAAGUCAAAGACAAUGUUCUCAGCUGGGCUCUCAUCUCCUGAAGGCAGACAGUUCCGAAGAAUUGGACUUCAUAGUGAAGGAAAUGUCUCCCUAUCCUCAUGACUCAUUUUGGAUAGGGCUCUCUCGCACUCAGACUGAAGGACCAUGGCUCUGGGAGGACGGCUCAAUAUUCUCUUCUGAACUGUUUCAAAUCAGAAGCACAGCUACCCAGGAAAACUCACUUCAUCACUGUGUGUGGAUGCACAUGUCAGUCAUUUAUGACCAGCAGUGUAGUACACCUUCACGCAGUAUUUGUGAGAAGAAGCAAUCAGUAAAAUGAUGGGGAUGUGGACACGAAGGAACAAGGAGAAGUGCGCAAGAUAGUGAGCAGGCCAGAACACAAAACAUGAAAGAAAGGUAUUGGAAGUCAAAGUAAAUGCGUCAGCUAUCGAAAGAGCUCAGUCAUCUUUAAUGUUAGCCAAAAAACGGGAUGGAAAGACAGUGAUGUUCUGCACAUUAACACUGUUGGUAGUUUAAUAUCAUGUUCUAAUGAAAAGAACCCCAAAAUAGAGUCAGAGCAGCAGAACUUGAAUAUUUAUCCUAUGAUUGACAUGGCAUUUACCUAGGUCUCACCACAAUUGCUUGGUGUUUCAAGAUCUUAGUUUCUGGCUCUCCCAGAGUCAUUCUUGACCUUAAAAAGUGUCACUGGAGUAGACAGGACGUGUUGCUGGGAUUUGUUCCUCCGCUUACAGCAGGUGCAUCUGACACAGGUGGAAGGCACAAUGUGAUUCUGAAUGAAGAAAUAAAAAAAUACUAGAAUCAGAGCUAUUUUAUUAUUUUGUUAAUAUGAUCAUGAUUGUGAUCAAGACCUCAUAACAAGCUGGAAUUCCACUUUUUUUCUAAAUUUAACAGCCGAGGAAAUAUGUCUCCCACAUCUCUGAAUGCUAAACUUUCCUAUAAUGUGAAAUUGUGGGAAAACUGCUCUCAAAAGAAAGCUUUCUCCUUUUUUGUUGUUGCUGUUUAGUUACAUUUUUAGAAUUUUUUAUUUUUCAAUUCCAGUUGACAUUCAAUAUUAUUUUACAUUAGCUUCAGGUGUACAGAAUAGUGGUUAGACAUUUGUACACUUUACAGAUUGAUCCCACUGGUAAUUCUAGUGUGUACCUAGAACCACACAUAGUCACAAUACUUUUGACUAUAUUCUCUAUGCUGUACUUCACAUCCCUGGGACUAUUUUAUAAUUAUCAAUUUGUACUUAUUAAUCCUCCACCUUUUCCAUCUAACUUCUAAGGCCCCUCCCCUUUAGCACCCAUCAGUUUGCUCUCUGUAUCUCUGAGCCUGUUUGUUUCAUUUGCUCACUUGUUUUGUACUUUAGAUCAUACAUGUAAAUAAAAUAAUGCAGUGUUU